AUGGUGCCGUCGUCGAAACCAUGGGAUGAUAGAGGUUCGCUCAAGGUGAUUAUUCGUCUGUUUGCAUGGGCGGGCGGGCGCGCAAACGUGCACGCAGCCGCCAGCAGUUCGAGUUCCUCUCGUCUUCUCACGAACUUGAGGGCAUCCCCAUAUUGCCAGACGCGUGCGCUCAAGACGCGCACACAGUCUCCCGCGGCCUCCCACUCGACCGUACCACCCCCUCUUUCACCUAACCGUGAGCCGGGAAUGUGGUGGGUGCUCGCUCUCUCGCCGCUGGGCAAAGGCGAAAGUCGCAAGUACCUUCCAUGGCUCGUCAGGGAGGGCAGGGCCGAACCAGUAGGAAGGGCGCUUGGACGAGAAAACCUGGGACGAAGACUCGACGGGAGGGUGGCCAAGGAGGGCACUCGGACAGCAAGAAGGCGGAUGGCCGACACAGUUUGGUUUGGCGGUACGUUGGAGAAUUGGCUCGAGAUCCUCGUGUGGGCAUGA